AUGAAUACGCAGCCCAGCUGCAGGCGGAAGAGCAGGUGCCUCCGAGUUCUGACACAGGAGCAUCACCUCUCAGGAGGGGCCAGGAUCAGGUGCUUAAGGCGCCUUUUCAGCUGCUGCCACAAGGUGGCCCCCCAGCAAGGCCCAGAGCAGCCCGUGGCGCCAGUUCUGCUGCGGUUCCCCAUCCCUUCCGCAGGGCUGCUGGAGGAGGAACAGCUGAAACUCCUGGGGGUCAUCCAGAGCUGCCAGGCAGCUGAGCUCCGAACCCUGAAGUGCUCCAAGCAGGAAACGGCCAAAGCCAUUCUGGACAUCUUGCGGCCCUUGGAGCACUCCAGGGUUCGGAGCCCCCUCACCCUGGCCCUUGCCUUGGAGGCCCUCCUCCAGCUAAGUACUAUGCACCCCAAGUUCAGCAGCGAUAUGCUCAGUUUGAUCCUCCAUAGGACCUUGGAGGCAGUACUGGAGGGCCCAGAAAUGGAGGAGGACCGAGAGAAUCUCAAGCAGCACUACAGGCUCCUUUUGGGAAGUCUCCUCAUAGCAGCGCCUAAUCCUGGCACCCUCCUCCAACUUCUAACUGACCUCCGAGGAUACGCCCUGGGGGAAAGCGGCGAGGCUCAGGAUUUAGCCGCCAGGAGCAUUUCAUUGCUGUUGAAAAUUGCCCGCAGAUACCCGCGCCUUAGAAUGACGGUUAUUCGGCCGGACCUGGCCUGCUUUCGGCUGAAGCCUGAAGAAGACGACAUCUUCAUUGAAGAAAUAUAG